AUGACAGAGCACAGCUGCAUUACACUAACGCAUGGGGAUCCAAAUAAAGGCCAUGGAAUUGCAAAGAGAAACUCAGUGGGAUUCAUACUUCCAAAUCUGGAAGUAAAGUUUAUCGAUCCCGAAAGGGGUCGGUCUCUCCCCAAGAACAGCCCAGGUGAAAUCUGUGUUGGAAGCCAGUACUAUAAGAAUGAGUAUGAGACUACUCUGACUAUAGACAAAGAAGGGUGGCUCCACACAGGUGACAUUGGCGACAUAGAUGAUGGUGGAGAUAUUUUUCUUGUGGAUCGCAUCAAAGAAUUGAUCAAAUACAAAGGAUUCCAGGUUGCUCCGGCUGAAUUAAAGGCAAUCCUUCUAUCUCACCAUUCAGUUGAAGACGCGGCGUUGUAG